UCACAGUGAACGCUGUAACGUUCAGCACACUAAACCCGCAACAAUGAAAGUAGCUAUCCUCCUAAUUGCCCUGCUGGCCAUGGCGGCGGCCAAGUCUACUCCUGGACGCAUGGCCGCGCGGUACGACAACUUCAGGAUCUAUCAGCUGACCAUCGACACGGAGUUGCAGAUGCAGGAGCUUAAGAAGAUUCACGAAACCAUUUCUGUGCACUUCCUAAACGAUCUUGGAGCUCCCGGCCAUAAGUACAAUGUCAUUGUGGGUCCUCUAUUUCAUAGAGCCCUGGAGAAGACCCUGAAAUUCCUGGAAAUCGUCUACGAAGUGAUUGUAGAAGAUCUGCAAAAAUUAAUUGAUGAGUCCUCCGUUGGCGAUGAUUCUGAAAUGGAAUGGGAGUCCUAUCACACCCUGGACACCAUCUACGAUUGGGUGGACAAGGAGUGCGCCGCCCACGAUUACCUGGAGUGCAAAGUGAUUGGCAAGUCGUUCGAGGGUCGCGAUAUCAAGAGCAUCAAGUUGUCGAAGCGGUCGGGCAACAAGGCCAUCUUCCUGGAGGGUAACAUCCACGCCAUGGAGUGGAUCUCGUCGGCCACUGUUACUUUCCUGCUCAACCAGCUGAUCAACUCCGAGGACCCCGAGAUGCAGCGCCUGAGCGAGGAGUACGAUUGGAUUGUGGUGCCCAUGGUGAACCCCGAUGGCUUCGUUUACACCCACGAAGUGGAGCGCUUGUGGCGCAAGAACCGUCGUCCCAAUGGAUUCCACAACGUGACUGGCGACUGCUACGGCAUUGAUAUGAACAGGAACUUCGAUUUCCACUGGGGAGGUGCUGGUUGGAACAUCGACGAGCCCUGCGAUCACUGGUUCGGUGGUGUGGAGCCCAACACAGAGAUUGAGAUUGUGUCGCUGCAGAACUUUGUGAGCUCUUUCGAGGAUGGUUACAUCCGAUCGUACAUGGCCUACCACGCCUAUGGACAAUACGUCCUGCUGCCCUAUGGACACUCCAACACCGAGUUCCCGCCGAACUACGAUCAGAUGAAGCGCAUUGCAGCUGCCUUCUCGGAAGCCGCUGCCGAUGUCUAUGGUUCCGCGUUCACCUACGGAGCUAGUGGCCUGCUGAACUAUCCGGUAUCUGGAGCUGCCAAGGAUUGGGCUUAUGGCGUGAAGAAGAUCCCCUUCACCUGCACCGUGGAGCUGCGCGACAAGGGCACCUUUGGAUUCUUCCUGCCCUCCAACCAAAUCACCGAGGUCGGUCUCGAGAUCACCGCUGGUCUGAAGGCUUUGGUUAACAAGGCAGCCGAGGAGGGACUUUUCGACUAAACAUUCGUUCUUUACUUAAUUAAGAACAGGUGCUGUGAAUAAUAAAUAUAUAAAAAUAUAUUUAUUCAUUUGAACAUUCAAAA